AUGAGGUCCUGGGCGAGUUUGCGGCAGCUGAGACUGCAGAUGAAGCCAAGGAGGUCUUGGCUCAGGCAGGUGCUGGCCUCCAGCAUGUCUUCGCCGUGGCGCAGCAUCGGGAGACAUGGGGAGCGCAAGGAAGCCAGUAUGCUCUGCCCGGAGGCAGCACACGGCCUGCUGGACAUCACAUUGGUAAAAGAGGUGCAGGGAGGCGAGGGCCAGUAUUUGUACGAGCCUGAUCCGGAGUCCCCCACGGGCCAGGCGGUCCCGCAGACCCCAACUUCGAGCGGGUCGUCUACGUACCGUUCGUGCUAG